AUGGACUUGAAUUCAGGUUUUGGUGAUAAAAUUGCUCAAAACUUUGAUGCUAAUACAUUGCCUAUGGAUGUUGUGGCUAUAGAAGACGAUGAUUUGUCUUUGGGAGAAGUUAAUGAUUUGUCUUCGCGUAAAUAUGUAUCUCCAGGUUCUACAACGUAUUGGUUGCCUUGUAUGGUUGAUAGUAAACCUAAUGUUGGAAAAUCAUUUAGGAGUAUAGAUGAGGCUGCACAUUUUUAUGUUGAUUAUGGUCGUUCUUGUGGAUUUGAUAUUAGGCGUGGUAGUGAGAAGCGAUAUCGAGAUGGACGUAUUCAAUCAAAACGUUUUCACUGUUCACGAGAAGGCUUUUAUUUUAAAAAUGGUGAGAAUAAUGAUGAUGGCUCAUUUUGUUCAAAACAAAAGAGGAAAAGUAUGUUUACUAGAUGUGGAUGUCCUGCUAUGAUUGUGGUGAAACAUACGAAGGGUUCAAUAUAUGAGAUUACUUUGUUUAUUGAACAACAUAAUCAUAGGUUUGCUAGUGCUGAUGGUAAGAAGUUUUUGAAGGCAAACCGGUCAAUGACUGUUGCACAUCAAAAUUUUGCAUUUGAUUGUUCAAAAGUCAGAAUAGGUCCUGCUCGUGCGUUUGGUUUAAUGAAAGAGUUUGUAGGAGGGUAUGACCAGAUUGGUGCAACAGUUGUUGAUUUUAAAAAUUGGAAUAGAGACUUGAAGAACAUAAUUGGGAAUGCAGAUGCACAAGUAAUAUUGAAUAAAUUUCAAUCUUUGAAGGAUUCUUCUAAUGGCAGAUUCUACUAUGAACAUGAUGUGGAUGAGUCUGGAAAAUUGACAAAGUUAUUUUGGGCAGAUUGUGUUGGUCGUAGAAACUAUGAUGUGUUUGGUGAUGUUAUUUCAGUAGAUGCCACAUUUAGUACUAACAAGUAUAACAUGGUUUUUGUUCCAAUCUGUGGUGUUGACAAUCAUAGAAAGUGUGUAACUUUUGGUGCUGGUCUACUUUCAAAAGAAGAUAUAGCUCAUUACAAAUGGAUUUUUCAAGCUUUACUAAAUUGUAUGGGGCGACAUCCAUUAUGCAUAUUGACUGAUCAAUGUGCUGCAAUGAAACAAGCAAUUGCUGAUGUGUUUGAUAAAGAAAAGACAAGGCAUCGUCUUUGUAUGUGGCACAUCAUGAAAAAAUUUCCAUCCAAGGUUGGUGUGGUAUUGGCAAUGGAUGGUGGAUUUUUAUCAAAGCUUAAACCUUUUGUAUGGGGUGAAAAUUUGGAUAUAUCUGAGUUUGAAGCUGGUUGGAAAUCUUUGAUGGAUGAGUUUAAGAUGACUGACAAUGAGUGGUUGUGUGAUAUGUAUGAAUGCCGACAUUUAUGGAUUCCAGCAUAUUUCAAAGAAGAUCCUUUAUUAGGAAUAUUACGGACAACAUCUUGGUCAGAAAUUUUAUCUAUGUUUUGA